AAUGCAGUGUUUAUGAAGUGGAGAACACUGAGCAGAAAACAGUCAUCAGUGAUCUAACAGAAAAAGUUGCUGCACUGAAGGAAAAGACUUUGAAACAAGAUGGCGUGGUAGAGUCGAUGCAGCUGGAUCUGGACCAGACAAAUGAAGAGCUUGACAAAUUGAAUACAAGCCAUUUAGAGGAAAGAUCUCAACUUAUUCAAGAUCUCCAGAAACGUGAAAGAGAAAUUGAUAAUCUUAAAGAAGCACUGGCAGAAAAAGACAGGGAGAUGUCUGUCCUGUCUUUGAAUAUGACGGAAUAUUCUGAACAGGUUAUCAUCCUGAAGCGUCAAGUGCAAUGCAAAGAGGAAGAAAUACGAGGGAUGGAAGAGGCUUUAUCAAAGGCUGAAAGGGAAGCUCAUUUACUGAAAGAAGUACAAACAGCUGAUGUAAGAGAUGCAAGCGUGAAGAUAUCUGUCCUUUCUGAGCAAAGUAAUACAAUGAGGCUAGAGCUAGAAAGAGUUAGAGUUGAGAAUGAAGCUAAAACCAAAGAAAAUGAGGAAUUAAUAAGACAAAGCAGUGAGAACAGCAUUACAAUUAAGGAUCUCCGUUCUGAAAUCAAAGCCAGCAAUGUUGCAUAUCAUAACAAACUUGCGGAGUGUGAGUCACAAAUUACUUUGCUGAAAGAACAAAUCAGUAAAUCAUCUGAAAAGCUACAAGAAACUGAGGAUAAACAAAGAAAAGAAACCGAAUAUUUGAAAUCUCAGCUUGAGGAAAACAAUACUCUAAAGGAAAAAUGGAACAAUUUGCUUAAAGAGAAAGAGAGUAAAGCACAGACACUUGAAAAUGAGUUAAAAUCAAUUAAAGAUGCAUAUAACAAACUGGUUUUGGAAAACGCUAAAAAAGAUGAGGAGCUGGCUGAGUUAUCUAGGAAGCUUAUAGAACAUACCGAACGUCAGGAAACAAUUAAACAAGAAUUACAAGAGAAACAAGAGUUCAUUAUUUCAUUAGAGCAGAAGCUUGGGGUUUUGGAGCAGCAAAAUGAAGAGACUAAACUUAAAUUAACUGGAGAUCUGAAAGCCAAAGAGACGUGUUGCAAAGAACUUAAUAACCAAUUAAAUGAAAUACAUAAACAAAUUAACAAGAUGGAAAUAGAGACAUGGGAGAAAGCUUCAGCUAAUAAGCAAUUGCAGGCAGAUCUUGAAGGGCAAGAAGAAAAAUUGGCAGAGCAAAUAAAAGCAAAUGAAUAUCUGAAAAAAAGUAUAGAUGUCAUGCAAAAAGAGAAGGAACAGCUGAUCAGUGAAAAUGAGAAUUUAUCCAAACUCCUGGAUGUAAAAGAGUGUGAAUUGUUAAAGAAAAUCCAGGCUGUGGCAGAAAUAGAGAAUAAGUUAUCUGUUAGCACUGCUGAGUACGAAAGAACUCUUUCAGUACUAAAUUGUGAUAAAAACACUCUGGCAAAAGAGAUUGAACAACUUUCAAUACUUGCCAAGCAAAAAGAAAAUUCAGUUGCAGAACAGCUGCAGGAGAAAACAAAGGAAUGUAACGUGCUAGCUGAUCAGUUGUUUGAAAGCAAGGAACAGACACAACAGUUGCAUGAACAAAUGCAAUCACUUCUCAUUCAGCUGAAGGAUACUGGAGACAAAGAAAUAAAGAAAGAAGAAAUGUUAAAUAAUAAGUUAUCUGAAUGCAGUAGCCUAAUCCAAGAGCUCAGCCAUAGUAAGGAAAAGAAUUUACUACUGCAGGAACAAAUUCAUAUUGCAACUUUGGAUUUUGAAGCUGCGAACAGGUCUCUAGAAGAGAAAAUCCUUCAAAAUGAUUCAUUACGUAAGGCAAUGGAAGAGAGUAAGUUUUGUAUUGUAGAGUUGCAGGAUGAAAUUAAAAGUCUUAAAGAUGAAAAAACAAAGUUAUCUCAGUUGGUAGAGGAAAGAGACCUGACUGUAAAAAGUCAGGGUUCAGAACUUGAGAAGUUUCAUAGGCAAGUUUCUGAAAAAAUGGGAGAAAGUACAGUGUUAAAUAAUAAGCUACAGCUAUUAAGCAAAGAAGUGGAUGUGCUUAAGCAUGAAAAGGAGGACUUUUCAAGCUUAUUGAGCGAGAAGUCACGUGAAUGUGAAGUUCUUCAGUCACAGUUGGUACAGCAACAGUCUGAAAUUACUUCAGCAAGGCAACAAGCACAUACAGCAGCUCUAGAAAAUGAAAAAUUGAAAGUAGACAUUGAAACAGUUAAUGUUAUGGUAAUGAAAAAGUCAGACGAAGUAGCUGCUUUAACCUCACACUUGUCCCAACAAAGUCAUAAUAUUUUAGCUCUGAAGGACCAAAUUGAUGGCCUCUUGAUUGAAAAGGAAAACUUAAAAAUUGUCUUUGACGAAAAAGAAACUCUCCUUUCUGAAAAGGAGGCUUUGAUUCAGCAGAUGAAAGAGAGUAAAAUGGCAGGAGAAGGGCAAUAUAUGCAAAUCAUUUCAGAUCUGCAAAACCAAAUACAAGCCCUAGGUUUUGAAACCAGCCAGCUUAGACAUGCAGUGCAGGAAAAAGAAAAUGAAUUUAAGAGGCAAGCCCAAGAAUUACAGUUAUUAAAAGAUAAAUCUGAAGAGUCUGAUGUACUUAGGGUUCAACUGUCUGAGAAUAUGGAGGUUAUUUCUGACCUUCAAUAUCAGCUUAGAAAUGUGACGGAAAAAUCAUCCCAGUUGAAUGAUUCAAUUAUACAGAAGGAUGAAUCUUUAAAACAAAAGUUAGAUGAAUACAUCAGUUUAAAAGCGCAGCUUUCUGAGGUACAGGCGUCUUCUGUUUUGCAGCAGAAACAGUUGGAGCUUCUAGCCUCUGAAGCGGAACAAUUAAAAGUACUUGUUUCAGAAAAAGAAUUAACCAUCAACGAUAUUUCACUAUCUAGUGAGAAUUUAAAGACGCAACUUCAAGAGAAAGAGAAUGAAUGUGAGGUCUUAAAGAAACAGGUGGUAGAGCUGGAGGAAGUGAAAGUGAAUUUACAAAAAGAAAUACAACAUCAGAAGAAUGUAAUAAUUGAGAUGGACCAGUCCUUAUCAGAAAAGGAGUCAUCUCUUAAGGAAAAUAAAAGUCUCCUCAAAACUCUGAAGGAGAAAGCAAGGAAAGAUGAAGAGAAGACAAAUUUAAUUUCUCAGCUCAAAAGUCAGGUACAUGAACUAACACAAGAACUACAGAAAUCUAAAGAACUAGUCCAUGAGAGAGAAGGUGCCUUUUUAUCUCUUCAGGAGAAAAUUGAAGCGCAGUAUGAACAUAGAACUGAGUUGAAUGCAGCUCUUGAGAAAAAAGAAGAAGUCAUUGCUGGACUGCUUAAUUCUUUAAAGGAGAAAGAUACCAGUAUACAGUUGGCAGAUAGCAACGUUAAUGUUCUUUCUAGUGAGAUUGAGGUUCUCAGAGAAAAAUUAGAGAAAAGUGGUACAGCCAUGAAAAACCUUACUAAGGAAUUUCAGGAAAAGAACGAGAAGCUUGAUAUUAAUCAGAAGAAAAUUGAUUCUUUGACAAUUGAACUUGACUCGCUUAAAAACGAACACCAAAAAGCACUAGACCAAAUAAGUACAUGGGAAGAACAACUACAGCAAAAAGAUUUGUCUGUGAAGUCUCUGCUUGUGAAGUGCACUGAACAGGCAGAUAACAUAGCAUGUUUGAAGGUAGAGUUGAACAAUGUAAAUUCCAAAUCGUCUCAAGACUGCCACGACAAUGCGCUUUCAAUAGUUAGUCUGCAGUGCCAGGUAGAGUCUUUAGAGGAAGAAAAAAAUCGGUUGCAAGAAGAUGCUGAUAAACUGAUGGCUGAAAACGCACAACUUGCUACAUCUCAAAAUCAUUUGCAAAAGAAAUUGGAAGAGCUCCAAGAAAUCAAUGAAAAACUAGAAACCAGCGAGAAUUAUUCAAGAAUGCAGAUAGAUGCUGUCAAACUGCAGAUGAAGACUGAAAAAGAGAAGUUACAGAUGCAGGUUAGUGUGAAGGGUGAAGAACUUUCUAAACUAGAACUUAAAUUUGAAACUCUAGAACAAAGUCUGCUUGAGUCAGAGAGCAAAUGGGUGACGGAACUUGAUAGGGCAACUUUACAAAAUAAUAAUCUUACUGAGCAAUUGAGCAGUUUAGAAAGUGAAAUGAAAUCAAAGGAUAACAAAAUCCAGUCUUUGCAGCAAGAGCUGGGUCUUAUAAAAGAGGAAUUAACUCGAAGCUUAUCUCCAUUACUUAGUAGUAAGCUUUUAUGUAAAGAAAAGGCACAGACUUCAGAUUCUGAACUGCAGCUAGCUGAUAGUAAAAUUCAGUUGGAAAAACUCUCCACUCUGAUAACCACUAUUUUGAGCAAAGAAACAGAAGGAGAACAAUUGCAACUGGUGCUUUUAGAAAAACAAAAGGAAAUAGACACCAUGAAAGAUGAAUUAAAAAGUAUGCAAUCACUUGAGAAGCAGAAGGAGUUGCUGCAGAAUGAUAUUGAAAAGAUGAAGGGCAAAUACAAAUCUGAAAUUGAAUGUCUGUCAAAAAAAAUGGUUGCAGUCAAGGAAACAUUAUGUAAACAACAGUCUCUCUUGCAAGAAAAGGAGGAAUCUUUUGCAGAAAUAAAUAAGCAGGUUGAGUUUCUUCAAGACAAGAUAAAUAAAUCAGAAGAAAUAGUAAGAACCAGUCAAGAAAAACUGCACAUUGAAGGUAAAAAAGUAGCAAGUCUCCUUGAAGAAGUGGGAAAAAAAGAUCAACUCAUCGAAAACUUAACUUCCCAGGUAAAUCAGCAGAAGGAUUUAAUUUCUGGUCUAAGCCAGCAACUGAAAGAAAAGGACUGUUCUGUUACCCAGAUCAUGGAAUCAUUGUCUAAUGAAAUGCUGAAUUUUUCUGAAGAGAGAAACACAUUAAAUACCAAACUGCAAGACCUCGAAGCUGUUCAUAAUAGUUCUGUGGGAGAGCUAAAACGGGUAUUGCAGGAACUUGAGAAUUGUAAGAAAGAGCUGGAGCGUAGUCAGGUUAUGUUAAGCAGUAGAGAAGCCGUGUUUAAAGAUUUAAUGAAUGAAAAAGAGGAGAUGCAGUUUAAUCUUGAGAAAAUGGGCAAGGAAAAAGAGAAUCUGAAAAAGAAACUUCAAGCAGCCUUGAUAAUAAGAAGAGAUCUAAUGCAAAAAGUUGGAAAACUAGAAAAGAGUGGACAGGAAGAAAUAGAAAAAGAGCAAAAAAAAGCAGAGGAGCUGUUGAAGAAAGUUGAUGAGUUAACAGACAAUCUGAAACUAGUUGAAGUAGAAAAUAAAGAUUUUAAGUCUCAUCUUGGAACUUUGAAGCAACAACUUUUAGAAAAAGAUGCCAAAAUAAGUGACUUGACUGAAAUUUUGUCUUCAAAAGCUGCUUAUUUAGAGGAACUUCAGGACAAUAUUGCAGAACUAAAUGAUGUCAUUGCUGAUAAACAAAAUACAUGUGCGCAGAACCAAAAAUCUUUAGAGGAGAAGGACUGCAUGCUUGCUCAUAUGCAAUCUAUGCUUGAUGAAAAAGCAAGUGCAUAUGAAGAGGAACGUUCUCAGCUGCUCUUAGCUCUUGAAAAGGUGAAGUCUGAAGUUAAGAAGAAGGAAGAAUUGUUGAAAAAUUCCAGUUCAGAAGAGCCUGGUUUAAGUGGUGGGGACAGGAAGAAGUGUCUGGACCCCAACAAUGACAUGAGUGUCAUGAAUCAAUUAAAAGAAGAAAAAGAAGCCUUAGAAAGGGAGCUUUUGGUCAGGAAGGAAGAUAUGAAAAAAAUUCAGAAAGAAAGGGAAGAGCACACUAAACUUGCAGCAGAUUUUGAUGAACAAAAAAACCACCUUGAGCAACUCAAACAAGAACAUAAAGCACUCUGGGAAGUUCUUCAAACAAAAUGUGAAGAACUUGACUUUCUUCAGUUAGGAGACUACCCUCUAGGGAAAGAGCUGGCUUCACCUAAGGCAGUGCUGGGAGAAGAAGCAGCUGACCUAAGGAAUUUGGAAUCGGACAAACCAAGAAGCAAGGUUCAGGUUGCAUCCUUAAAAGAGUCAGAAAACAUGAUCACUUCAGUGGCAAGUAAAGACGCUGAGUUAAAAGAACUAAGAAGUAAUUAUGCAAAACUUCAGGAGGAAACAGAAAUGUUAAAGAAAGAGUUGAGAAAAAUAUCAGUUGAAUUUGGUGAUGAAAGAGAAGAAACAGUCAACUUAAACUCUUUGAGGCAGCAGGAGCAGUACCAGGAGCAAUGUGAGGGCAGCUUGUUGGAGGACAUAAAGCAGCUGCAGAAAAAGCUGAAAGCAUAUGAGGCUGAAGCUAUAGACAUUAAGACAGCGCUUGAACACGUGAAUAAUGAGAAAGAAGCACUUAUUAAAAAAAGUGAAGAGGAUUACAAGAUGAGCCAGGAGAAACUGCAGAGAUUGAGAAUUGAAGGUAAGAAGGAGGUUGCAGAAAAGAAUGAGGAAAUAGAAGCAUUGCGUUGUUCACUUACCAAUUUCAAAGAUAAACUUGAUCUGGAAAAGGAAUUAUUAAAUGAAGCUAUAAAGGAGGGCCAAGAAGCAGCCCGCCAUUACAAAACGGCAUUUGAAGAAAUGAAGAGUGAAAAAGAGAAACUUCUCAGUUGUUUAGAAAAGUCCAGUUUGGAACUAAUUAAUAUGAAAAAGGAGGUAAAACAUUUCAGUGAAGAAAAUAAAAAACUUCUGACAGAGCUAUGUAUGCUACGUGAGAAGGCUGAGAUGAGUAGACCUGUGGUGUCAUGCAAAGAGCUUAAGGAAGAAAAUGAUACUGAAAAAGAAUUGGGAGAGUUUUGUUCGGAAAGUAAUUCCCUUCAAGGAAAGUUACAAGGUAAAGGCACAGGUUUUCAACUAUCAGAGACUGAUUACUCCAGGAAAACUAAACUGAGAGAAGCAACAGAAUGUCAAAUCCAGAAACAAAUGCGAAUGAUUGAAGAGCCGCUGGCAAAAACUGCAGAUGUAAAUGAUUCUAAACCACAAGAGCAAAGAACUAUAGCAGAAGAGAAGUCCAGAGAGCGCCUUCAAAGAAAAUUACAGGCGGCUUUAAUAUCACGUAAAGAAGCCCUGAGAGAAAAUAAGUGUCUAAAAGACCAGAUUGAUAAGCUGAUGUUGGAAAGAGAAGAACUGGUGAACAAGACAGGUAUGCUUGAACACUUGUUAGAGCUUGGUAGAGAAAAACAAAGUUCAAGUACUGCUUCUGCAUUGUCUGAAGAGGAAAGCCUUGUUUCUGAAAACGCUAGGCUGUUGACUGAAAACGAAAACCUCACCGCGGCAUGUGAAAGUCUUAAAUCCACCAUGGAGACGAUAGUUCAGGAAAAAGAGGCCUUUUCUUUCCAGCUGAAUACCUUAAAAGAUUCUCAGACAGUUGAAUUAACAGGAUGGAAGGCUAAACAUAGUGAAUUAAAGCAGGAGUAUGAAUCACUUCUUCAGGCGUAUGAGAAUAUCAGUAGUAAAAUAGCAGAUAUGAGGCAAGUUAUUGAUCUCAGUAGAAAAGAGAAGCAAGAGGCUAUUCAAAAACUCAGGGAAGGAGAAUCUGAGAAGGAGGCUCUCGAGAAGCAUUUACAAAAACUCAUUGAUGAAAAUGAGGUUAUUAAGAAUCAACUGAAACAACUCGGUGAAUCCAAGAAAAUGGAAGUUGACGAAUUACAAAGUAAAGCAGAAAGGCAGAUACGUGAGCAAGAGGCAAGGAUGCAAGAACACCAGGAUCGUCUCCAUGAACUCACUGAACAGAAUCAUCAGCUAAUGGAGGAAAAUGAGCAACUGAAACAAACUUCUGAAAAUUUAAAGCAGGCUUUAGAGAAAAUUCAGAAUGAAAAUGAUAUUCUUCAUGACAACAUCACUGUAACUAAAGCAGCUUUGGGAGAGCUCCAAGUUCAAAUGGAAGUGUACCAAAAUGAUAUGCAAUCUAAAAUCAAUGAUGCAUUACAUGAGAAUGAAUCAUUGUUAAAGGACGCUAAUGUGUUAAAGGAUAAACUCUCUGAAAAAGAACAAGAUGUGCUUGUCCUAGAACAAGAAAGAAAAUUAAUUUCAGAAAAAGCAAAAGAAACUGAAAAAUCUUUGGACCAUAAGAAUCAUUGUCUAACAAAGCUGGACAUGGAAUGUAAAAGUCUUACACAAGAAAUUGUUAGUCUAAAUGAAAAAGUAAAGAUUUUAGAGGAUGAUAAAUGUCUGUUACAGGAAGAAUUAGAAAAUGCACAAGAAAGUUCUUACAAAGUAAAGAAUGAGAGAGAAUUUCUUGAGACAGAAUUGCUUAAUCAUGUUAAAAAAGUUGAUCAUCUUACUGAUAGAAUGAAAUCAGCACAGGUACAGAAUAACUUGCUGUUACAGCAACUGGAAGAAUUAAAGGCAGAAAAAUGUAACAUGAUUAGAGAAAAAGAAGAACAACAGUUACAUCUUGUAAAAAUGUUUGAGGAGAAGGUGAAAAGUGCUCAGAGGGAUAAUAAUGGGAGUAAAAACAAAACAAAAGAAUUGCAAGAACUCUUAAAGGAGAAACAGCAGGAGAUCAGCCAUUUGCAAAAGGAUUCUAUAAAGUUCCAGGAGCUGAUCCUGGAUUUGGAAAGAUCUGUGAAACUGUCACAGUCAAAAAGUGAAAAAUUCGAAAAGGACUUAAGUAAUACGUCAGAAAAGCUUGCGAAGUCAAGUGAAGAAAUAUAUCAGCUCAAGGGAAAGCUUUCUUCACAGGUGAACUUGUUGGCUCAGUCAAAGAAUGAAGUGGGCAGGCUUACAGAUGAGAAUCUAAAUUGGAGAAAAGAACUGAAGAAGAAAGAAGACGAGCUACACAUUCAAAAGAGAGAAUAUGAGAGAGAAUUGGAAUUUAAUCUUCAACAAUUAAAAUCGGUUCACAAAAGAGAAAUUUUGAACCUAGAGGAAAGACACGGUGCCCUUGAGAGAGAAAAAGAUAGGGCAAUUAGUGAGAUUCAUGGUUUGCAAGACGAAGUUAGCAUUAAGGACUCUCAAAACAAGAAACUUCAAGCAGAUUUGAAUGCGGCUUUGGCACGAUUAGCUGCUUUUACAAAGUGUAUGUCCUCUCUUCAGGAUGACCGGGACAGGGUAAUCACUGAAAUGAAAACCUGGGAAAUGCAGUUCAAAGAGGCCAUCCAAAAUAAAGAGAAACAGAUAGAAGACAGUAAUAAAAGAAUAACGUCUUUACAAGAUGAAUUGAGAGACAAAAUUACUCAGAUUCAAGAACUGAAUAUCAAAUAUUCUGUGGUAGAGGAAACAAAGGAUGAACUGUAUUUGAGGCAAAAAUCUGUUGAUACACAACGCUAUGAAGAGCUCUGCAGAAUAAAAGAAGAAAAUACAGUUUUUUUUAACAGGCAGCAAGAAUUGGAGAGUGUUCUUCAGUCCAAAGAAGAAGCUUUGCAAGCACUCCUUAAAGAAAAUAAUUCUCUUAAUCAUCUGAUAGAGAAUAGUAAAAGUGCAGGAAGAGAGAUAAAAACUCUGGAAAGUAAUUUUACAAGACAGGAACAAGAGUUGCAGCAGCUUCUAGCCGAGAAGGAAAAAAUUAAUGCUGAAUUGCAAAAGCAGAUUACCAUUUCUGAGCAAAUGAAGAUCAUGCUAAAUAAUAAAGACAAAGAAAUUUCCUUACUCAUUUCUUCAAAAGGUGAUGAAAUUUCUGACUAUCUGAUUCAGGUACAGACUCAACAUAGAAAACAAAUCAAAGAGUAUGAACUUCAGUUAAGGUCUUUGCAGAUAGAGAGACAACAAUCUGAGGAGUCCUGUCAGAGGAUGGAAAACGAAUUGAGAAAUCUCCAGAUGAAAGCAGACAAAGCAGGUCAAGAUAAGGCUGCAAUUGCCAGUGAAAUAGAUGCCUUUAAAAAAUCAAUGUCAUCUCUUCAGAAUGAUCGGGAUGAUCUUUUUUCUAAAUACAAAGAGCUGGAACAUCUUCACCGAGAUGUCUUAAAUCAGCGGGACAGUCUUAUAGUUGGCAAUGCAAGUGAGAAUAAUGCUUUGAAACAAGAAUUAAGGAUACUGCUCAAUCAAAUAGAUGAUCUUCAUUCCGAAAAUGCAAUGCUAAGUGCACAGCUGAUAAAGUAUAGGGAGGAUCUUAACCAAGUUUUGUCUCUGAAAGACCAUCAGUUGAAAGACUUACUUAAGCAGAAAUUGGAUUGUAUUAAAAGCCUUGAACAAGAAAAGUACGAUCUUCAAAAACAAAUAAAAGAAAUGCAACUUUCCAAUGAACUGCAAAAGGAUACUGUUGUAUCUCUGGAACAUGAAAAUAAAAAAUUAGUGUCUAAAGUAAAUGAUUUGGAAUCUUUAAUUGCAUCAUUAAACAAAGAGAAACUUGUUUCUGAAUCUGGAGAGAAACUGCGAACUAGUGAUAGCGUUCAGAAAAAAGAAUGUGUAUCAAAUGGACAGUAUGGAGAAAAUCUUCCGAAGAAGAUUCAAGAACUCCAGAAAUCAAGAGGCGGAAAUACUAAGGGUGCAGAUGAAGAAUACAGUAAGACUCUUUUGACACUUGAACAUGGAGAUGAACCUGGUGCUUUUGCAGAGAAGAUGAUAUUAGAAGUUCAAUCUCAAAAUAGUGAGCUGAGGUCCCAAAAUGAGGCCUUUGGGAAAGCAAUGACUGCUCUGCAAAAUGAUAGAGAUAGGAUAAUAGAGGACUUAAAGGUACUUCAGAGCAAAUACAUAUCUGAACUCAAAACUGAAAAAAAGAGAGGAGAUGAACUCGAAGCUGAAUUGGAUGGCUUUAAAUUACAUCUUAUCAGUAUGCUCAAAGAAAAUUCUCUUCUGAAUCGUGUUAUUUUUGAUGCUGCAGAUAAGGUUACACUUGAUCAGAUUGCUGAUGAAAUUGAAAAUCUCUGUAGGACGUUUGUUAGUCGUGAGAUGGAGAUGAGCAGGCUCUCUUCUGAGUGUGGGAAUUAUGUUCACCAGAUUGAAGCGUUUUCCAAGGCUAUGGCCAGUCUUCAGGAUGACCGAGACAAAUUGCUGCAGGAACUCAGCAAUCAGAAGGCUAAAGAAGGAGCCAGCUUUGCAGCUGUUGAAAUAUCAAAACUGAAGACCAAGGUCGAUGAUUUGGAGAAGGCAUUGCAUCAGACAAAAGCCUUCCAAGCAGAAACUGAGAGAGAGAUUGCAACAUACCAGAAUGAGCUUGCUGGAUUAAGAAUGGAAAACAACCUCCUCCUCUCAGAGUCCCAGGCACUGCGAAAUCAAUGUCAAGUCACAGUUGCUGAGAAAGACCGACAGAUUGCAGAACUACAGAAGCUGCAACAAGACAUGAUUGUUAAGAAAUCAGUCUCUGCUGGCAGCAAUUACCCCGUCAAGGUUUUAGAAACUGCCUCCCUCGCUGGAAGCGCAGACAUGCCGGAGGAAAUCAAACACGUCUUAGCUGAGAAGAAUCAGCUUCAAAAUGAACUGCAGCACUGUCUUCAGGAGAUACACCAGAAGGAUCUGCAUUUUCAGCAGAUUAAUUCAAAGGUUGUGCAGUCAGCAGAAGAGAAUGCCGUCUUGUCUGCCCAGUUGAAGACACUUUCGCAGACUCUAAGGGAUAACCAGCUUCGUUACACUGACUUGCAAAAUCGUUAUUUAAGACUGGAGAGGGAGUAUCAGACCAUGCAAGUGACGUCUUUCCAAGGCACUGUUCAGGAUGAAAGUAGAGCAGAAGUUCCCCCUGGAGCACCACAGGAAAGAUCUGCCGUUAUUGUUGAAAUAGACAAUAUGGAGCUAAAUGAACUCAGAAAAAGGCUUGCAGAGACUGAGCAACAAUAUGAUUCAGUGCAGCAGGCGCUCUCACAGCUGACAGAAACACUGUCAGAAGAGAAGAGGAGGAGAGAAGCUGCAGAAGAGGCUCUCGGACUCUCUGAGGAGCGAAGUAACAGAUUUGAAGUAAGCAGUUACAGGUCUGUACCUAGCGAAUACACUGUUCAGAUGGAAAGUGAGGAGGAAAGAGAAGCCUUAAUCAUCAAUCCUAGUGAACAUGUUAUUGUACGAAAAGUGAAAGGAGGAGCCCUUUCCUUCCGAAGAUGGCUUCGAGGGCGAAGUCUUUACUGUUCUAAGCUGCUGACCUCCAGGGCAAAAUCCCGCUAUUUAUUCCUCACAUACCUAGUUACACUACAUCUUGUUGUUUUACUGUGCCUCACCGGUGUUCUCUGAAUACACUGCAUUUUCUGGGUAAAUUAUUUCCCUGUAGGUAAUGGUGUGCCAAUUCAAGAUAAUAGACUUUUCACAUGCUGCUGUUAAGCUAUGCACUGGACACAGUUGUAUAUAUUCUUGUUACACUACACGAAUCUUGAGCUUCUUAAAAGAAAUUUGUGUAUAUCACAGUUGCUCCAAAGUUGACUUGAAUUGCUCUUUAACAGUGGAAUAUUAUAUUUGCUAAGGAGAAGAUAUUCCCCUCUGCCCUAUAAAGAAAACUGCUGCAUACAAGUUAUUUAAUAUUGUUUGUGAGUACAUAAUGAUUGAUUACUACUGAAUGGGUUGUAAAUGAUAUCUUUUCUAUAUAAAUUUUAUUUUAAGAGUUAAACUAUAAAUUUUAAAGGAAUAUUCAGCUAUUACUGUUUAUUGGCUUCUUGAUUACAACAAGAAGUUUUAUAGAGUGCAAUAAAGGAAGAACUACUGGAUUUUUUUUUUUUUUUGGCUGAAAAUAAAAGCAUUUAAGAAGGUUGUUCUUUGGCCAUACAGUUUGUAAUGGCUCUGACAAGGUGCACGGAUAUGUAUGUGGUAAUGAGGUAAGCCGAUGAUUAAAGAUUCAGUAAAGAUUCAGAGUUGAGAUGACAUUAAGAAAUCUCUUCAACUUCUUACUCCUUUACUGUUGUUUAAAGGUGCAAUUUCUGUAACUUUUCUCGUGUUUUUUGGUUUUUUUUUUUAAAUUCACUUGCACUUCUUGUCUUGGUGGGUUUAGUUACUGCCUGUCUUAGGGGCAAAAUGUUACUCAGCUGCUCCACACAUGAAAUUCAAGCUUGUAAAGAUGCAACCUUCCGUAUUUUACAUGUUUGGGCUUCAAGAUACAAAGGAAUAAAGGGUACAUUUUCAACUAAGAGGCUAUAAGAAGCAGGAUUUGCAUUCAGUUUCUGUAGACAAGUAAUAGUGUUGUGCGUUGCAUAUUAAUACAUCCAUGUUUUGUUACAAUGUUCUCUGAAACUGCACAACUAUUUCUCUGACUCAAAAAAUAGCUUAUUUGUGAAGACUGUGGCCACUGGAAGCUGGCAGGUUGUUUUUACACCCUGUAUUGUUGUUUGGUGUUUGUUCUCUCUGUGUUUCCGCUCACAUCUGUAUAAAAUGGAGAUACAAUCAAAACAAGCCGAGUCUAAAGGAGUAGAUAAAAUCACAAAAAAGCAGUAGCCGUUUGAUUUCCUGUUUGCUAGACUAAAAUCCUAAAAAUCUUGUGGGGAAAAGAAAAACCUAAUGAGUAUGGAAAUGGAAGGAUUCCAUCAGUUUUACCGAUGGGCAGAUGCAAGGUUGGCUUUGAAGAGGUGUUAGUGAAGUGAAUUAUCUGCUUAAGGUCCAAGGAUUCUUGUACGCGAGGUCUGCGUGACAGCUAAGAAAGAAGGAUUGGUUGGCAUUUACAUUUGCAGAGUUAACAUUUACCAAAUUGUAUCUGAUGUUCUGCAUCGCUUGUGUUUGUCACGUGGAAUGGGGAAUAUUGCCAGCCGUAGUUACCACUGUAGGUAAAGCCUGUAAACUUUCUUCUUUCGAUGGUUAAUAUUUCUUAGUCUAGUAAAGGUCUGGAUUUCUAUAUCAAUCCAAUGUAUUCUAAUGGAAUUGAUGUCUUCUUUUUUCUUUUUUUUUUGCAAAAUGGUAAUGGCUCAUCUCUUUUGAAUGGCUGGUUGCUGAUUCAGUCCCCGUUUUCAGCCAUAGUGUCACCCAAGUACUGAGAUAAGUCAGCUAUUUUCAGUCUUUGCGCCACACAAACACACACCAGGUACAGUUGAAACAUGAGUACUGUACAUGGUAAGACUUUUCCCUUUCCAGCUUGAAGAUGGGUGUUAACAGAAUGAUAGUGAGCUAUUCUUAGCUAAUUGUGUUAUAAUGAAGCAGAAUGCUUUCCAAUUACAACAGUGGGCCUACAAAUCCUUCCAGUCUCACUCAUCUAGUGUGAGGGAUUUUUGUCCUGAGGGGAGAAAACAACCCUCUGUCAUGAGGCAUAGCAAGUUAGCGAGUGGGAAAGGAUCCAGAGAUGUUAGAAAUUCUGCCCUAAUUUAUCCAGGCCUUUGUGCUGUCACUGUGAUAAGCACAAACUGAAAGAAAGUUUCCAAAAAUGGCUUGACGCAUGUAGAUACUCUGUGAACUCCAUUCCAGAAGCUGAUAUAAACGUAAUGGAAGGUGAGAUCGUGUCAUUUGCAAAGAGGCUUCUACAAAUCAUCACCAUUUCCUGGGUAAGUAUCGCCCUGAGAGUUCUUUCGUGUUACAGUUCAUGAUUUUAAUGCUUCGCUUCCCUUGGUCUGAGACCUUUUGGGGAUUUGCACACUUCUUGCACUUGGAUGCUGUUUGCCUCAGGCUUUGAAGGAAUUCCAAAGGGUCCCCUGGGGUAAGGUAAAUCAGGUUUGACUACACGGUUGCAGGGAAACGUGCGGACGUUCCUCAUCGCUGGAAGGAUCAGUAGUGUGCAAUGAAACCUUCUUGGUCUAUUUGAAACCUGGAAGAACACUUCAGUAGUGUUUGGUGUCUGGACAUCAGGCCUUACGCAGAAACCAAAAGGAAGGUUUCUGUUAAUUGUAUUUAAUUUUGCACUGGGAAUUAGAAAAAUAAAAAUCGAAACUAAAAAUAAAGCAAAUUUAGGAAAUGUAUUUAGGAACUUCAUCUGGUGAAAAGAUUUCCGAAUAGUUGCUUUGUGGAAAUGAUUAUUAAACCUAUAAAUUCAGCAGCUGUAAAGCAAUACCAUGACUCAAUC